GCGGCGUUUCAGGUCUCGCGUUUCCCGACGAUUUCCACGUUAACACCGUCCACGUUUUUCCGCUGUGGUCCACUGGUCGGCGGGCAUGCCGCUUGUGGCCUGAGUGUCUCUGUCUCUCCGUACACCCGAUUUGCCGUUUUGCCCGAAUCGUCAAAUCGUACCAGGGAAAAUGGCACAAGUGUCCACAUUAAACUUUGUCGGCGGCAAUAAAAACAAUGUGUCGCGACUGUUUCUAGUGCUUUGUUUUUGUGCUUUUUUAUGUCCCGGAGAUUGUGCUAAAGUUGAGGACGAAGCUGUCACUUCGGAGCAUUACGUGGAAGCCGUGCAAGGCGGAGUGGCGAAGCUACCCUGCGACAUAGAACCGUCAGUUCUCGGCGACAAAAUGUACAUUGUCAUCUGGUACAAGGAAGGGGAUAACCGUAAACCCCCCAUAUACUCGUUCGAUUCACGCGAGAGGACCUUGGGCGACGGCAAGCACUGGGCGGACGAGAGCAUAUUGGGCGGACGCGCCCACUUCCGCUACCAGGACUCGCCGGCCAAACUGACGCUGGACAACGUCAAGGAGAGCGACGCGGGCGUCUACUACUGUCGCGUCGACUUCAAGCAGACCCCGACGAGGAACAUCAAGGUCAACUUGACAAUCAUUAUUCCUCCUGAAAAACUGAGCGUUCUGGACGAGAACGGAGUCCAUAUACCAGACUACAUACUGGGCCCGUAUAACGAGGGGACUGCAAUCAAUAUAACAUGUGUUGCCACCGGAGGCCGUCCUCCGCCUAAGGUGACGUGGUGGCAAGAAAACGCUCUCCUGGAUGACUCUUAUGAGUACUUGUCGGAGCGCCGGGUCCGGAACAUUUUGCACCUGGAAAAACUCGAAAGGAAGCAUCUUCACACCGUAUUUACCUGCCAAGCGUACAACAACAAUCAAAUGGCCCCGAUUUCCAGCUCCGUUACCCUCGACAUUAACCUUCGACCGCUAUGGGUUAAGUUGGUUGGUGAAAAUAAGCCAUUAUCCGCUGAUAACACUUACGAACUUAGUUGUGAAGUUGUGGGAUCACGCCCAGAGCCUACGAUCACGUGGUGGAAGGGCAGCACACAAAUGAAAAAUACGAGAGAGACGACCAGUCCCGAUCGUAACACCACCACUAGUGUGCUUACGUUCGUUCCCACAGUGGAAGACGGCGGUAAAUACCUUUCAUGUCGGGGACAGCAACAGCAAAUUCCUGAUAGUGGUAUCGAGGACGGAUGGAAACUUGAUAUAUACCAUGUCCCACUUGUUAAUUUGGAACUCGGAAGUACUCUAAAUGGAAGCACCAUUAAGGAAGGAGUCGACGUAUAUUUUGAAUGCAACAUCAAAUCGAAUCCGUGGGUCUAUAAAGUUAGUUGGAGGCAUAAUGGAAAACAGCUUUACAACAACGCCCAGACGAAUACGAUCGUGAGCAACCAAAGUUUGGUUUUGCAGUCCAUUACGAGGGCACGAUCAGGACACUACACAUGUGUCGGACACAAUCAGGAGGGCGAUGGCGAAAGUAAUCCUGUUCAGCUAGACGUCAAAUUUACCCCAGUAUGUAGACCGGGACAGCCGAAGGUGUUCGGCGUGGCCAGACAGGAAACGGCACGCAUCCUCUGCGAACUGGAGGCCAACCCGACCGACGUCCAGUUCAUCUGGAAAUUCAACAAUUCCGCGGGCACGCUGGACAUUCCCCAGAGCCAGAUCUUCACCGAGAAGGCACGCAGCACCGUCUCGUACAAACCGAUGACCGAAUACGAUUACGGAACGCUGCUCUGCUGGGGCAAGAACGAAAUCGGCAUGCAAAGGGAGCCGUGUGUGUUCUACAUCAAUCCCGCAGGGAAACCGGACCCGCUCACAAAUUGCACGAUUGUAAAUCAGACGGCGGAAUCGUUGCACGUGGAAUGCAUGGAGGGCUUUGACGGCGGUCUCCAGCAAGAAUUCAUUAUGGAAGUGUACGAUUCGCAGACACGUAAAUUGGUGAGCAACGUCACGUCUAGAAAUCCCAUUUUCACCGUUGGAGGCCUGGAAUCCGGAUUGGGUUUCGAUGUGGGCCUCUACGCCGCUAACAAGAAGGGCAGGAGCGGCGUCUCCCACCUGAGCGCCUUCACUCUAAAAUCCGCCGAAAAACACACAGUGAGGAGACCAAAUAAGCCGUCUCCCCCCGAAAAUUGCACAAUAACUCACCAGACCCGGUACUUUAUUAAAGUGUACUGCAAAGUGGCCCCGAAUAAACGGGACGCAUCCGCCACUUUCUUGCUGCAAGUAUACGAGGCAAAUACCAGAGUGCUACUUGGCACCGCGACCUCCCAAAGUCCGGAGGACAUUACCAUUGGGAAUUUGCCCAACGGCUACGGGGAUCUGUUGUUGUUUAUUCGAACUAUGGAUUCCAAGUCCAUGACCAGCGAUGCAAAUAUUAUUUACGCACCGGCCGUUCAUUUCAAAACUGCUUCGACUCCUGUCCUUCUGCAAAUAACACCCCUGUUGGGCGCACUAAUAGGCGUGGUGGCGGCCCUCAUCCUAGUUGCGAUCAUCAUCGUGGCGGUGAUCCGUUUGAGGGGCGGCGGUGACCGCGACGACAAGGACUACGACGAUGGCGGUCUUUCGUCCGCCGGAAGACGCUGCGUGGCAGGAAACAGCGACAAAGCUAGCACCGAACCAUUAAACAAGGAUCUCAACGACAGUGUGGACAGUCUAGAAGAGAAAAAUCCCGAUAUCAUACCGCAGAACAAUGCGGACGACGAGUACCAGGACGAAGAAAGGGCUUUCGACAGGCUGAACAACGCACCGCUUCGAGUUUACAGUAGGAUGCAAAGUCCGAGUAGUCAGCCUAAGAACGGAGCAUAUGAUGGAUAUGGCGCGAAAACGAGCGAUGAAAUAACAUACGCUGAAUUAACUAUCGCAAAUCAACAGAUGCCGCACGUCAUCUACAAUCAGCAAUCGAUUCCAAUGACGCUUAUCAGACGCCAGGAACCCACCGUUUAUGCUCAGCUAGACAUGAAGAGAAUGAACCCGUGCCUCCAACCUUUAUCACCACCCCAUCCCUCCUCAUUUCAGACACUUCAUCAUCCACAUUUACCCUCGUAUAUGCCCAGGCCCAUUCGAGAGGAGCCUCUCCAACACGACAGUAUCAGUGCUGAGACACCGCUCAUCACACCCCGGGAUCCCAGUAACAUUCAAAGUUUGAUCGAGGACAGGAGAACCCCAUCUAUGACUUCAACCCUCCCGAAAACGCUUUCGGCAACUAGGUUUUGACCUAGUUAAAUACGGUACUGAAGAACUGGUAUAUUUAUAGAGGAAAUACUUAAUGGGUACUAGAUAUGUUGUUGACUUAUAAACUUAAAUGUGCGUGUUACCAACACCGUGAAUGUUUAACAUUAAGUUUUUAGAAAAAUGUAUGUAUGUGUUCAACCAUUUUAUAUUUUAUUAUGAUAGUUAUAUUUUGAAAAACUAAAUUACGAUCUUAUAUUUAUUAUGAUAUUGUGCGUGAGGUGAACUACAAAACUAUAAUGAAAAAUUGUGGAACAUCCGCGCGGUACUUACAAUUAGAUAAAACGCAAGUUUAUUUUAAUGGAUUAUAAGUGUGAAGCACGUUUGUUUUUUAUAAGAACAUUUAUUUUUCGUUGUGUAUUUUACAUUAAAAUGUUAAUUAUGUCACCCUUUUAAGACUCUAUUUAUUGGAAAAUUCACAAAAAAAAGCAUGCAAAAAGGGUGACAUAGUAGACUACAUAUAUUGUAUAGUUGAAGAUGUUAUUUUUAUCGAAGCUGAGGACAAUUGAGAUGAUUGCGAUAUAGUCCAAUCCGAAUUUUAUAUACAUUUGCCUGUACAUAAACAAACUUUUAUAGCUGUGAAUGGAAAUCAAUUAUGAAAUUGUAAAUUAUAAAUAUUUUUCUUAGAGAAGUAACAGUUAAUCAAGAAUUAUACGAAUAUACUUUUAAAAUAUCGAGUUGUUGACAAAAAAAAAUAUUUGGUGUUUACCACAUCUUAUCUAUUAUAAUUAUGUGUAUGUAUUAAAGUAAUGUCAUUAAUUAAAAUUAAUUUUUUGUGAUAAAAUAGAAAUUGUUUUUAAAUAAAGUAUAUUAAGUGUGUAAAUAUAUUGUAUCUACUGCCAUAUUAAAUGGGUCAAUAAGAAUAUGUUUAAUUACUGUUACUGUUGUAGACUAAAAACUAAUCACUUCAUCUAAAGUUUUAAAAACCCCUUUAAAUGUUUCAUCUUCAUUAUUAAAUGUUUUGAAGGACAAUCUAAAUUUACUAUUUGUACACAGUAAAGUAAUUAAAUUAUGUUGGCCAUAUUAUAAAUAAAUUCAAUUCUUAUGAAUCAGAUAUUUAUGUAGACUUUCUUAUUCCCUUAAAGUUAUUACCUGAUUAUUGGAUUGCCGUCCAAUCGAUCAAAAUUAAAUAUGUAAUAGAAUUUUAUACGAUUUAUAUAUAUGUACAUUAAUUUAAAAUUUUGUUGUGCAGUGAUUCUUAUUUAUCUGAAUUAUGGAUCUACUAGCACACAUUGAAAGUUCUAAUAUUUAAAAAUAUUAGUACUCUUGUUCGAAUUUCCGUCAAACCACUAAACGAUCUACUUUAAGUUCUUCUUAACUGUAUAUAUGUAAAUAGAUUGCUCAAAAUGUCAUUAAUGUAACAAUUGGUUUUUGAUUAACUUUUAUAGUUUGGCCAAAAAUAUAUUAUUUAACAAAUUCUUCUUAGUACUGAUCAUGUAUCUAUUAAUUAAUGACAAUAACAUUGAGUAACGACAGUUCACUGAGUUUCCUUCACGAUUUUAUUUGUUUAAAAAGUAUAUUGUAAAAAUUUUGACGUGGCCUUGUCUAACUUAAGUAUAUUUAUUUCGAAUGUUGAUAGUCUUAGUAGAUAGAUUUUUUAAUGUACAUAUUAUGUGUUAUAUCAUGUAUGUAAUUACAUUGUCAAAAAUAAAAUAACAUACUCAUUA